AAUCCACUUACUUUGUAUAUUAAUUUGUCCUAUUAAUUAUUUAAUAAAAAUAAUAUUAGCAAUUUAUUAAGACUCCUCCAUUUAGUCCGUCUUCUCCCCUUGCCUUCUCUUCACUCUUCUUCAGCAUAACAGAGCACUGCCUCAAGCAAACGAAGCAUCAAACGAAAGAGCAAAACAAGACAAAUAGAAUAGAAAAAGGAACACACGAAAGACUAACACAAGAAACCCAGAGCUUACAGUUCCCAUUUGUUUCCCUUUCCGGCGGUGGAAUUCCGGCAUAGUCCCACCAUCAUGGUGAACCAGUGAUUUAGGCGAAAGGGGUGAUUCAAACACCAUAACGAAGAGAAAGCAGACGUCUGAGUAGUUCAAGCCAGGUCAGUCAGGUUGGAAGGAAGGCAGAGAAAAAUUAGGUCGAUAACCAACAACAUCAGCUAGCUUCUCGAUGUUAGAGAGUGGUAUAAGAUCCAGCAUAACCUUCUCCCAACAACUCGAGUUAUUGGGAUCAACUGGUUUAUGGCAUGGUAUCAGAGCUGGUUUAACCAAGUGGUCGUGUGUUCGAAUCUCCACGACCCCCAAUAUCAACAGUUGUUGUCUUCAAGCACAUGGUAUGGCGGGCUUGUGCAAACUUCAAGCCCAUGAGUCGGCUUUCGUUUGAGGGGGAGUGUUAGAGAGUGGUAUAAGAUCCAGCAUAACCUUCUCCCAACAACUCGAGUUAUUGGGAUCAACUGGUUUAUUACACUCGACGGGUCAUUGGGUCGACGAAUCGGGAGCACUGAUUCUUCGACGUGCUCAGUUCGGGAUGUUCUCUCGAGCCGGGAAGGUUCAAUGCUUCUUCAAUCGUCUCCGAGAUGCUCAAUUGCUUCUUCGUGUUGGAAAAUCCCGACGACUAUCAGCUUCUGGCGAACACCGUCGAUUCGAUUCUCCCAAACAACCACCGUUGGAUCGUGAGCCGAUUCGUCUCCUUCGUCGAUCGACCCACAUUUCUCCUGCUCGCCACCCUCACAAGCUUGGUCCACCCUUGAGGAAUGAAUUUGUGUUGUCGCCGCUGCGAAGUUCCGACGAAGCGAAGUUGAAGGAGAGGAAAUAGAGUAUAUCAACCAUCACCAUGGCCUCUACAAUUUCUUCCUCCCGCUGAGUAUUAAAUUUUGUAAUUUAUUUAAUUUUUAUUAAAUAAUUAAUAUAAUAAAUCGGAAGUUGAAUGUUGAGGUGGAAAAAUAUAUUUUUUUAAUUUCCACGUCAUCUACUUAACGGUCAAACAUUAUAGUUGACUACCACGUAGGACAAAUUUAACGGAGUGUAACGGCCGGUGACUAAUGAUGAAACGAUUUGUAAAGUUAGUGGCGAAUGAGAAAGAAAAAUAAUUCAAGUGGAAAACAUGAAAUAUUUGUAUAAUUUGAGUGACCAAACAUGUAAUUUAGUAUAUAAAAAACAAAACAAGUAUAAACAACUUUAGGAUCAUAUAAUAUAUUGAUUGUAAAUUCAUUGUAUUGUACCUAUAAAAUCUUAAAUUAUUA